GAGCGAGGGAGAUAUAGUCUAGCUCCAGUCGGACAGGCGAGUCAUUUUGUCUGGGGGUCUCAGCCCCGCCUGAGGGCGGCUUAGGACGGCUGAGGAACGCCGUCGCUCCAGGAUAUGAAAUAUGGAAAGUCCUGACAGAAAAAGACAGAAGGUUUUAAAGGCCAAGAAAACAAUGGCUACAAGUUGCCGGAAGCAGUUGGAGAUCCUGAACAAGUCAAAGAAUGUUGAAGCUACAAAAACAACAGUUGGAACUAUUAUUCCAAAUGGUCAUAAUCAGAAGAUGUUUUCAGAAAACAAAGAAAAUCUUAAGGUCAUGAAAACUUCAGAGCAAAUUAAUGAAAAUGCUUGUGAGGGUCUGGAAAGGCAUACAGCACUGCUAGAUCAGGUUAAACAGUGGAUUCGACAGGAGAUCUGCAUGAUAAACUGUAAUUUGUUUGAUAAAAAACUGAAUGAAUUGAAUGAACGCAUUGGGAAGACCCAGUGCAGGAGUAAGCAUGAAGCAAUAGCUGGUGAACUCUUUGUAAAAAUAAGAAGACUUCAAAAACGUAUCAAAACAGUAUUAUCAUCUCAAGGAAAUCGUUUGGGACCAAACACAUUACCCAAUAAUACAGUCUGUAAGGUUACAAAUUCAGAUGGUGUAAAUUUGAGUGUGACCCAAAAGUCAGUUAAAAGUCGAAGUAAAAGAAUGUCUUCUGUGAAUCAUACCCUUUUAAACUCUUCAGAAAAAGCAAGUAGAAAAGUUAAUUUGCCAUCGGCUUGUGUUGAGUUUGUUUCUGAAAGUAACAAUGAUGAUGUGAUGUUGAUUUCUGUGGAAAAUCCUAAUUUGACAACUUCAGUUGCAUCAGAUCCAACAGAAAUUAGAAAAAAUACAUCAAGAAAUUUCAGCAACUCACCUAAUACCAAUGUUGAAGUUGGACCUGUAGAGAAGAAAUUUGAUUUUGUUAUUGACUUGACAAGAGAAGGCCUGUCUAACUACAACACAGAAAGCCCAUCAUUCACCCUGAAGUCAACUUCGAAAGCUGUUUUAAGAUCAAAAGAAAUAAUCCCAUUGGCAGAAAAUGGAAAUGAGGGUUUUGGUUCAUUUGAACACCUUCCACCUCUCCCAGAGCCACCAGCACCACUUCCUGAGAUGGCAGACAAAAUCCAAGACACACUUCCUCCCCAAAAGCCUGAGCUGAAAGUGAAGCGAGUGCUGAGGCCCACAGGCAUUGCCCUGACAUGGAACAUUCCCGAGGUCAACCCCAAGUGUGCUCCUGUGGAGAGUUACCACCUCUUUCUGUGCUAUGAGAACACCAGUCAUUUGAGUUGGAAGAAAAUUGCAGUAAUUAAAGCUUUACCACUCCCAAUGGCUUGCACCUUAUCUCAGAUUUUAGCUUCUACCAAAUACUAUUUUGCUGUCCAAUCAAAAGACAUUUAUGGAAGAUAUGGACCAUUUUGUAAUAUCAAAUCUAUUCCUGGAUUUUCUGAAAACCUUAUCUAAAAGUCCUCAGUAAUUUUGUGUUGUAUACAUGUCGUGUUUUCAUAUUUGAAUGUUUUGUUUACAGUGUUUCUCUAACACUGUACAUCGUAAUAUCUUAUGUUGCAGUUUGUGAACCCUUUGUUUGGGGACAGUCUUGUAAUUGUCUUGGAAUUUUAUUUGUUUCUAAUUGCAUUCAGUAUAUACUUCUGUUAUCUAUGUUUUCAUAUAUACCCUAUCAUGGCCCCAUGUUGCCACUGUGUGUUCCUAUGGUGGCUAUGAAAUUGCUGCUGUGUCUGAAGCCCUCAGGUACAAGAAGCCAUUUUUCCCAUUCUUGACAAUCAGCUAUAAGCAAAACCAAUCAUUUGCCAAAGGUAGGUUACCCUCUGAUGCAUCUCUGCCACAUCUAGUAUACAGAAAUUCUUUCCUGUUGUUUUCAUUCUAAAGCAGGCUAUUGAUUUGUGCCUUUUGUCUUUGUUUUUGUUUGGCUGACAAUUAUUUGAGAGAAAUAGCUUGGAGAUUUUGCUUAAACAGUACAAGUUGUUAGAUCAGACUUUGUGGGACAAGCCUCUAAUGCCAGCACUUGGGAGGCAAAGGCAGACAGAUUUCUUGAGUUUUGGACCAGCUUGGUCUACAUAGAAGUUCCAAUCCAACCAGAGCUACAUAAUAACAGGCUGUUUGAAAAAAAAAAAAAGUGGUUUUGUUAGACUGUGUACUACGAACAUGAAAAUGCAGUGUUUUUUAUAAAAAAAAAAAAUCAUUCAACCUGCUAUUUCAGCCAUGGAGUUAAUCUCUCAAACAUGAGGCUUUAAUUUGCUGAUUCCUAAUUUCUGUAAAUACCUCCCUUUGCCAAUUUCAUGGCUUCUAUCAGAACUCAGAGAAAUUAACACUAAAGGCUCAAAUAAAAGAGCAGUAUGCAUACCUUGCACUAAAAUGAAGUGCAAGCAAUUCAGGAGAGACUUGAGAUGCCUAAGUCACUACCCAAAAGAAACAGACUAGAUAGCUAGUUACUGGGAUGUUAAAAAGCAAAACUGCAGCAUCAUUUUCAAGUGGGGUACUCUUCUGGUAUAUAGUGGAAGUUCUGAGAUAUCAGAAAACGGUUUCCCAUGGUAUUUGAGGUGACUCCAUCUUCACAAAUAAAGCUGUUACUUUU